AUGGCUGGAAGCGAGGAGGAUGAAAAGCCAGUACUAGAGGAAGAAGCUUUGUUGAAAGAGUUUGAAGAAAGGCGAUCUCUUAGGAAAAGAGCUGAGCUCACCCAAGAUGCUGUGCCAGGGGACAGUAGGGAACCUCAAGAUUCCAGUACCCAGGAGGUGCUGUCUGAAUUGAGGACACUAUCUCAGAAAUUCAACAAGGACAACCAUUGAGCCAAGAAGCAAAAAGUAAGCUCGGUGGGCACUGCUGUCCAGGCCAAGAGAGAGGAGGCGGCCCCAGCUCCAGAAGAGGAGGAACCUCUGUUGCUGCAGAGACCAGAAAGAGUACAGACUCUAGAAGAGCUGGACGACCUAGGCAAAAGAGGGGACCUUCCGCAGCAGGAGCCACCCAGACCCACGGCUCAAGGGCAGAGGGCAAGGAGCUCUGAUGCCCCUACAGGAAAGAAAAAGAAGGAACAAAUGAUCGAUCUACAGAACCUCCUAACCACAAAGUCGCCCUCUGUGAAGUCGUUGGCUGUUCCCACGAUACAGGAGCUGGAAGAUGAAAAGGAGCGAGACCAAAAGCAGAUAAUCAAGGAAGCUUUUGCUGGGGAUGAUGUCAUCAGAGACUUCUUGAGAGAAAAGAGGGAAGCUGUGGAGGCCAGUAAGCCAAAGGAUGUGGACCUGACCCUGCCGGGCUGGGGCGAGUGGGGUGGAGUGGGCCUGAAGCCCAGUGCCAAGAAAAGACGCCGGUUUCUGAUUAAAGCCCCCGAGGGGCCUCCACGAAAGGACAAGAAUUUGCCCAAUGUGAUUAUUAAUGAGAAGUGCAAUAUCCAUGUCGCAGCUCAUCAGGUGCGUGUGCUUCCAUAUCCCUUUACCCAUCAUCAGCAGUUUGAAAGGACCAUCCAGACCCCUAUAGGAUCCACAUGGAACACCCAGAGGGCCUUCCAGAAACUGACCACUCCCAAGACUGUCACGAAGCCAGGCCAUAUCAUUACGCCCAUAAAAGCGGAGGAUGUGGGCUACCGCUCUUCCCCAAGGUCAGACCUCUCCGUCAUGCAGAACAAUCCCAAACGACUGUCUACAAGUCAGAGAAAACAGUUGCAGAAUACCUCUGCAGACUAAAUGGCCAGAAGAGUGACAUCUUGGUACCCGGGACACAUAGCCCUGACCAUUCCUCCUGUCUCCACUGCUGCAAGAUCCACUUCCUAACUGGCUCCACACAGUGGAUGUGGCUAAAUCACAUUUUAGAAAUAAAGGUGUUUUUAUCUAC